AUGUAUUCAAAAGUUUUUUGUUUGAUACUUGCUUUUGCUCUAUUAUAGAUAGCAUAUACAGCUGACUGUGAACGUUGUACUUUUAGUGCAGAUGGAAAAGAUGAUAAGGGCCUUUGUACUCAAUGCGAAGAAGGUACAUGUACUCCAGAAAAAGGAACUAUAGGAACUAGUUAAUUAGCUUGUUCUAUUAAAAAAUGCUAGGCUGGUUAAUUUAGCGAAACUGGAUAUGAUUCUGAUGGAAAGGGGAAAGGAUGCACUAAUUGUAACCCAGGUACUUACUCUUUGGAAGGUUCUACAGAAUGCAAUCUAAUUCCUUGUGGCUAUGGAUAUUAUAGCGAAACAGGCUACUACGAUAAAAAGGAAGGAAAUAGAGAUGAUUAUUGUGAUGAAUGCUCAUAAGGCAGGUCCACCACAAAAGAAAAUACAAUAGGAGAUUAUUAUGAUGAUGAUGAUGAUAUUAUUUGUGAUUUACAGUUAGAAGAAUGUCCUGAAGGUACAUAUAGUGAUACAGGUUAUGAUAGUGAUGGAAAAGGCAGUGGAUGCUAAACAUGUGAGCCUGGUACUCAUUCAAGAUAAGGUUCAAAGUGGUGUUCUCUAAAAGUCUGCGGUGUUGGCACUUAUAGCUAUAAUGGCUAUUACAAUACUAGAGCUAAUGAGAAAUGUAGAGUUUGCCCAAUUGGUAAAUCAACUGAUAAAGAAAUGACUAUAGGAGAUAAUGAUAAAGUAUGUACGUUGUAAUUAAAAUAGUGUCCUGAAGGUACAUUUAGUACUUCAGGUUAUGAUGGUAAUACAAAAGAAAGUCAAUGUAAGACGUGUAAAUCUGGUACUCAUUCUUUAUAAGGCUCAAAAUCAUGUUAACUAAGACCUUGUGAUUAAGGUUAUUAUAGUAGUACAGGAUAUUUUAAUAUUAAUAAGGAAUUGAAUUGCACUGAGUGCCCUCCAGGCAAAUCUACUAAGGAGCAAUAGACUAUAGGAAUAGAUGAAAAAGUUUGUGAUGUGUAGCUAUAAUUCUGUCCUUAAGGCAAAUUUAGUAAGUCAGGCUAUGAUUUUGACGGGAAAGGGAAAGGAUGUUCUGAUUGUUAGCCAGGUACUUACUCUUUAGUAGGCUCUAAAACAUGCGAUCUAACAUAUUGUGGUUAUGGUUAUUAUAACAUAAAUGGCUAUUAUAAACAUUCUAAAGAAGCAGAAUGCUAAUAAUGCCCAAUAGGUAAAUCUACCCCGCUAGAAAAUACAUAAGGAACAGAUGAUAAAGUUUGCAGUGUGCCAUCAAAUAAGUGUCCUGAAAAUAAAUGGAGUAAUUCAGGUUAUGACUAUGAUGGAAAAGGGAAAGGAUGUAAAUAUUGUGAAUCAGGGACGUUCUCUAUUGAGGGUUCUACAACCUGUGAUCUAAAGCCUUGUGGUUAUAAUUCUUAUAGCUAAACAGGUUUUUACAUUACUAAUUAAAAUGAAGAAUGUAAGGCUUGUCCAGAAAAUACUUAUACUAAUGGAUAUAUUAAUAAAAGUUUGGAUGAUUCAAUUUGUUUAUCUUAUAAUUCAAGUGAUUGUGAUGAAAGUGAAAGUGAAAGUGAAAGUGAAAGCGAAAGUGAAAGAUAUGAUGAUAUUGAAACUACUUCAAACUCUAUUAUCAUUAAAACUACUUUAAGUUUGAUUUUAUUAGUUGCUCUUUUCUGA